AUGUACUCUUGGAUUCUCCUCUUUCUCCUCGCCAAUUUCUUCUGGAUCCAUAUCGACGCCGUGGAGCAAGUGACGCUGACUCCCGAAGGAAGACAAGUGGCCGCAUGGGUGAUUGUACUGGGUGUGAUCGGAGGGAUCGCCGUGUCCGCCUCGAUAGCCGGCGGGAUUUUUAUGAUGAAUCGGAGACGGGCGAACGAGGUUUUGGUGGUUCGAUAA